GGAGUGAUGGAGAGUUUCCUCGGCACCGCUCUGGCAGGGACGGUCUUUUGCUGUUUUGGCGGUCAGCCGCUCAUCAUCCUCAGCUCGACCGGACCGAUCCUCAUCUUCGAGAAACUUCUUUACGAGUUCAGCAAAAACAACGAUGUGGACUACAUGGAGCUGCGUCUGUGGAUCGGCCUCCACUCGUGUCUCCAGUGUUUCCUGCUGGUCGUCACGGACGCCAGCUACAUCAUCAAGUACAUGACCCGCUUCACCGAGGAGGGCUUCUCCAGCCUCAUCUCCUUCAUAUUCAUCUCCGACGCCAUUAAGAAGAUGGUAGGAGCUUUGAAGUAUUACCCGAUCAACCGCGGCUUCAAGCCCGACUACAUCACCGCCUACAAGUGUGAAUGCAUCGCGCCGGACCAGG